AUGACUUCCCCUCUUAAAGAUUUGGAUAACAUGUCAAAGCUUCCUCCAGAAGCUAACGGCGCCGUCGUUGUUGGCGGUUCGAAUGCCGCGAUAUACGCGACGUUUAUCUCGGCCAAAGCUGGCGCCCGGGCUGCUAUUCAUCAUGAUUGCGGCAUCGGUCGAGAUGAAGCAGGGAUCAGAGGCCUGCUUUGGGCGGAACAACACCGCAUGGCUAUGGCGGCCGUCGCGACUGACAGCGCCCGCGUCGGCGACGGUGCAGACAUGUUCCAACGCGGGGUCAUCAGCCGUGUCAACAGAAUUGCGGCCAUGUGUGGUGUAGAGAACGGUCAAACCGUCGUACAAGCAGCGGAGCUUUUGAAAACCGCGCCUUGGCCUCACGCAGACGUGCAGCCGCCGGUCGAGGGACGCACCUUUAUUCACGGCGUCCUCUGCAUAGACUCCCUCUUACUCGGAAAUCCAGAAGAUUCAGGCUUGGUCGUGGCGACCGGUAGCCAUGGCGGUGUAAUCGCGGCCGGAAUGACGAGUUCAUUUAGGCCACGCCUCGCUUUCUUCAAUGAUGCCGGGUUCGGCGCUGAUCGUGCGGGUGUAGCCUGCCUUCCUAUUCUAGAUUCCGAAGGCAUUGCCGCCGCUACGGUUGCCGCAGACUCGGCGUGUAUUGGUGACGGUAAGUCAACGCUGACACAGGGUAUUGUCUCGGCCGUGAAUGAAACGGCAUACCGACUCGGCGCCAGAGUCGGGGAGACGGCCCUUAAAGUGGCACGCACCGUGGUGGAGAUAGCCUGA